UUCCCCCUUAUUGGGGUAUGGAUUCCAAAGUGGUGAGGUGGGGUCCAUUGGUGUCUGUCUGGUGGGUUUGGAGGCACUGCACACUCUUUCAUGCCCCAUCGCUGCCUCUUUUCUAGACCAACGCGUGUUAGGACCACACCUGAGACCUCUUUAAGAACCCCUCCUAACACCAUUUCUAAACCAACUCUCUCAAGUUACACAACUUCACACUUAAGCUUACAAGCUCAAUAAGAGCAAAGAAAAAACCUGAAGAAAUGAAGAUGGAUAGUUCUUCCAUGGCAGGAUCAAAGAGAAGGAUAUCAUCAAACAGAGGACUUGGAGGAGCCCUCAGAGAGCAAAGGGCCAGGCUAUACAUUAUAAGAAGAUGUGUUGUCAUGCUGCUUUGUUGGCAUGACUAGUUUUUCAACACUUCCAACUUUCCAUGGAAAUGGAAGAAUGCUUCUUUCUAUGUUUCAUUUCUUUUCUUCUUUUUCUCCUUCUUUUCCCUUUUUUCUUUCUUUCUCCUUCUGAUUCAUGGUGGAGUGUAAAUAGAAUCGGCGAGCUAUCAUGGGAGAGAGUAUAACAAGUUUUGUACUGUGGGUUGCUAGUCUUCAUGGCUGAGCUAUAUAUGUAUAUCGGAAUAGCAUGGAUUAUAAUCAAAGUUAUGUCAACAAAUCAUGUGUUCAA